GAAAGGGUGCGGAGAGUGGGGUGUAAAUAAGGCAGGCAGACGCUCCAGAGAGGGUGGGGAUAGGGCUUGGCGGAAGAAAAAUAGAUGAACCUGGUUGGUACAACAUAGCUUCCCCAGACCCACCCACCCACCGCCCACCGUUCUCGAGCUCUGCGCUCCGGCGGCGGUGGUUGACGCCGAGCGGCGCGGAAGGGACGGCUCCGGCGGCGGCUGCUUAGGGGGGAGACACAAAGCCUGGAGGUCCAAGUCGGAGCCGGGUGAUGGUCUUACCUUCGGGUGGGUGAGCUCUCCCGACCUCGGGUCAGCUCCGCUCCAGCCGCGGCCGGCCGCUCUCCCCGCCCCCGGCCGGGUCGCCGAGCGCCGGCUGGACCCGCCCCGAGCUCCAUGGUCCGCCCAGCCCCGCGCGAUGGUGACUCUGGGCGCCGAGGUCGGCACGGGCCGAGCCCACCGAGCGCAGCAUGAAGGCGGCCGGCGCGGCCGGCGGCCGGCGGGGGCGGUCUCCGCGAGCCCGGCGCCCCGGGCAGCGGCCCAACCACCUGAACCCGGAAAACGCCAACAAGUAGUUUCUCGCUGGAGAAGGGCGGCUCGGCUGGGUGUCGGGACUCAGCCCGGCUGCCCGGAGAACCUCGUCCACUCGGAAACCAGAGCAGAACCACUUUCCUCUCGGGCUCGUUAAGUCAUGUCUGAGCCACAGAGAUGGGCAAGAUCGAGAACAACGAGAGGGUGAUCCUCAAUGUCGGGGGCACCCGGCACGAAACCUACCGCAGCACCCUCAAGACCCUGCCCGGGACGCGCCUGGCCCUUCUCGCCGCCUCCGAGCCCCAAGGCGACUGCCUGACGGCGGCGGGGGACAAGCUGCAGCCGUCGCCCCCUCCGCUCUCGCCGCCGCCGCGACCGCCCCCACUGUCCCCCGGGCCCGGCGGCUGCUGCGAGGGCGGCGCGGGCAACUGCAGCGCCCGCGGCGGCGGCGGCGACCACCCCGGGGGCGGCCGCGAGUUCUUCUUCGACCGGCACCCGGGCGUCUUCGCCUACGUGCUCAACUACUACCGCACCGGCAAGCUGCACUGCCCCGCCGACGUGUGCGGGCCGCUCUUCGAGGAGGAGCUGGCUUUCUGGGGCAUCGACGAGACGGACGUGGAGCCCUGCUGCUGGAUGACCUACCGGCAGCACCGCGACGCUGAGGAGGCGCUCGACAUCUUCGAGACCCCCGACCUCAUCGGCGGCGGCGACCCCGGCGACGACGAGGACCUGGCGGCCAAGAGGCUGGGCAUCGAGGACGCCGCGGGCCUGGGCGGCCCCGACGGCAAGUCUGGCCGCUGGAGGAGGCUGCAGCCCCGCAUGUGGGCCCUCUUUGAGGACCCCUACUCGUCCAGAGCCGCCAGGUUUAUCGCUUUUGCUUCUUUAUUCUUCAUCCUGGUUUCAAUCACAACCUUUUGCCUGGAGACGCACGAAGCUUUCAAUAUCGUUAAAAACAAGACAGAACCAGUCAUCAAUGGCACAAGUGUUGUCCUACAGUAUGAAAUCGAAACGGAUCCUGCCUUGACGUAUGUAGAAGGAGUGUGCGUGGUGUGGUUUACUUUUGAAUUUCUAGUCCGUAUCAUUUUUUCCCCCAAUAAACUUGAAUUCAUCAAAAAUCUCUUGAAUAUCAUUGACUUUGUGGCCAUCCUGCCCUUCUACUUAGAGGUGGGACUCAGUGGGCUCUCCUCCAAAGCUGCUAAGGACGUACUUGGCUUCCUCAGGGUGGUCAGGUUUGUGAGGAUCCUGAGAAUCUUUAAGCUCACCCGCCAUUUUGUAGGUCUGAGGGUGCUUGGACAUACUCUUCGAGCUAGUACUAAUGAAUUUUUGCUGCUGAUAAUCUUCCUGGCUCUAGGAGUUUUGAUAUUUGCUACUAUGAUCUACUACGCCGAGAGAGUAGGCGCUCAGCCCAACGACCCUUCAGCUAGCGAGCACACGCAGUUCAAAAACAUUCCUAUUGGGUUCUGGUGGGCUGUGGUGACCAUGACCACCUUAGGCUAUGGGGACAUGUACCCCCAAACGUGGUCCGGGAUGCUGGUGGGAGCCCUGUGUGCUCUGGCGGGGGUACUGACCAUAGCCAUGCCGGUGCCUGUCAUCGUCAACAACUUUGGAAUGUACUACUCCUUGGCAAUGGCGAAGCAGAAGCUUCCACGGAAACGGAAGAAGCACAUCCCUCCUGCCCCUCAGGCAAGCUCACCUACGUUUUGCAAGACAGAAUUAAACAUGGCCUGCAACAGCACACAGGGCGACACGUGUCUGGGCAAAGACAGUCGGCUCCUGGAACAUAACCCAUCAGUGUUAUCAGGUGACGACAGUACAGGAAGUGAGCCGCCAUUAUCACCCCCAGAAAGGCUCCCCAUCAGACGCUCUAGUACCAGAGACAAAAACAGAAGAGGGGAAACAUGUUUCCUACUGACGACAGGUGAUUACACGUGUGCUUCUGAUGGAGGGAUCAGGAAAGGAUACGAAAAAUCUCGAAGCUUAAACAACAUAGCGGGCUUGGCAGGCAAUGCUCUGAGGCUCUCUCCAGUAACAUCACCCUACAACUCUCCUUGUCCUCUGAGGCGCUCUCGAUCUCCCAUCCCAUCUAUCUUGUAAACCCAACUGCAUCAGUCGGCUAAAUUGUCUUAAUUCAAGCACUGUUUGCCCCAUAAUGGAAAUAAUUAAACAUAGAGUUACGCCAGGUUCCAUUCAUACAGUAUAAAUCCUGCAUGAUAAUACUAUCUGAAGUCCGAAAUGCCAUCCGGAUAGCUCACGAAUCUUAUCCUGGCUUUAAUGAUUAUCUAAAAUAGCGCUACACUUCUCCAGAAUUAAUUGCCCUGUUCUCCUUUUGCAAUAAAAUGAUAGCGUCAGAUAUUGGCCAGCACCCUAGUAAAUAAACUUAUCUUCAGGGAGAUAACUUUAAACCAGUGUGCUUCCAAAUGCCAACCACUUCAUGGGAACUUCAUUUCUUGUGACUCUUUAAACCAUUCGGAAGAUGUCUGGGAUUCUAUUCUGAUUGCACACAACAUGACUCUGGUCAGCUCAUUUGCAUGGACCAUCUUGUCUCCAUCACCUGAAAGCAGUGUCGCAGAGCUCGGGACCGUGGAUGGCCCGGGAUGGGUGUCCUUGCAUCGAACCAUCCUGCUGAUGUGAAAGCACUGAUCGACUGUUCUGCAUGUUGGAUUGUGGGGCAGGGAGGGCGAGUUUCUCCUUGACAAUUUUUUUUUCCUUAUUCUUUGAAAGAAAUAUUUGUUUUAAAUAGCUUAACUUCUUGAUUGAUAUACUUUUUUUUUUUUUUCCAAAAUGCUGUAUUGGAGUUCUGAAUGUCUCUGGUUGUUUGCACACAGAUAACUGCAAAGAGGUUGUCAUUACUGGUUACACGCAAGCCGAGGCCAGAUCUCUUACUUAAUGGCUUGGGGAAGGCACAAAACAUGAGAGAAAGGUAACUGCCAGCCAGGCUUGCAUUGUUUAGCUAGGAAUUGCUGCUUGUAGGGACUAGACUCUUUUUUUUUUUUUUUUUUUUUUUUUUAAUACCAGGAUUUGUCAUCAUUUUCAGAGGCAGAGUGCCAAAUAGCACUCUAAAACUCUUGUCUUUUUUUUAACCCCCUUCCUUUAUUUUUAUUUACUAUUAUUUUUGCAAACAACAAAGAGAGUUGUUGUUCACAGGAAGUUUUCUUGACCAGCCUUAAAUUUCUGACUCACAAAAUCGAUCGGAUUUUCAGGCAGUGUUUAAUUAGGUGCUUUGUCCUGUAUGUUGUUCUGUCCGUCUGUCCUAGCUCCCUGUCUUAAGUGUAUAUGCCAUCUGUCUCCAUGAAGCACAGAAAUGCCUUGAUAAGGUGUUCAUGAUUUUAAGACUGGGUCUUCUCCCCUGCCCCUUGCCUUCUUUGCUACUGGGAACAGCGUCUCUGCUUUGUGUGUACACUAACGAUGCCCCGUAGACUACCUGAGUUAAUCAGUACUGUGAAUCGUUUUGAUGAGCAGGAUUUGAGCAGCAGCUUCACCAUUGCCUUUGGUUGCCUGCUGCAGUGCCAGUUUCUACUACCUAGCAACCAGAAUCCAUUACCACACUCCAGUGAAACCCCUAGGGUGUCUUACUCAGUCCAAGUGGAAGAUAUUCUGUUUACACAUCCCUACAAAUGCAACAGCAGUAGUGUGUCUGUUGUAUCGGGCAUGAGAGGGAAGAAAAAUGCCACGCCAUAAACUGAGAGAUAAUCAAUAUUCCUAAGGCAUUUAGGAUCCUUGAGACUGCUAAUUCCUAAUUCUCAUGGUUAUUUUUUUUGUUAGGAAGACAAUUGUCACUUCUAUGAUUGGCCACAUAACAUGUACUGUUUUAUAUCCCCGAGUCCUACAGCAUGACCUGCAUGUCAGAGAUCUUGUACAGCAAUGUAUUUACCCAGACGUAAACAUCUGAUAUUUAGAGAUUCAGUGAUCUUUUGAUAACACCACACAUAGAAAGUUAUAAUUACACACAGCUUUCUGGUAAAGGAAUUAAUAUACUGUCUGGUACUGCUGUUAUUGACUGCAGUGUUGUACAGAAUUUAUCAUGGAUUUUUGACUGCUGAAAAAGGGACAGUGGAAUUUAGCCAUACCAAGGACUGUGCUGGAAACAGACUUCUGCUGCUGAACGUGCCCUGAGGUAACCAGGUUGCACUUGGAAGAGAUCUCCGCAUCUUCGUGAGGCACUUAAAGCUAAUUAUCAAAGAACUGUGGCUGGAACUCAUUUGGUGCUUGCCAUAUGAGUGGUCUGCUCAUGGACUGGCCAGUGUCCAUGAAACAAUUGUAAAUACCAACGUGUGUGCAUGGGUCAACAGCUUUGGCCAUCUCACACCAAAGCAAGCCAAAUUCAUGAUCCACAUCUCUGGAGCUUCAAGUAAGGCACACACCUGUGUGAAUUACCCCUCAUGGACCCGCAGUAGAUUGUGCUGUGAAUCAUACAAAGCAGUGAUAAUUGGUGUCAUAUAGAUCUGUCUUAAUUUCCCUUAUCUCUCCUUCGUUGGUUGGAUCCAUGAACACUGACCUGUACCGUUUUUUAAAUAAACUGCUUAUACUAUGCGCUUGUCAUAUUAUGUUGUGAAAUUUUCAGUGCCUACUUAUUAAAGCUGACCUAUUUUUAGUCCCACAUUUGUUUAGUUCUGAACAAUUGUCAUGACUUAAAAAAACUCACUAAUAUUAUUCAUAGUUUAAGUCUUUUUGUCAUUGUUACCUCAAUUAUAAAUAUUACAAAAAAUGAAAUUCUGGCAGUGAGAGUAUUUUUUUAUUAAAUGAUCAAGGAAUAAUGUCCGUAUAUAGUAGAAUAUUAAUCAAAUUAUAUCCUAAAAUGUAUAUUUUGCAUAAAAGAGAUAUUCUUCAAUUACUUUUUUGUGAGUUUUGUGGCAAAUGAAGCUUGUACUUGUCUUUAAAACUGUUGCAGUUAAAACUGUAUAAAAAUUCCUCAUCUUGCUUAAUCAAUAUUUCCAGAAUCUAUUAAUUCCCCUGGGAUUCUGAAUAUAAUAAUAUAACCCAGUUAUGAACCCCUGUACCGUGGACCUUUUGUGAACAUCUUGAGGUGCAUGCACAACCUUGGUGAUAACCAAUGGAAAUGUAACUAACUGAAAUAAAGAAUAAAAGGCCAAUAAGCUGGGGAUAAACUCGAAUCUGCUGUGAUUAAAUUAUUCAUAUUCUUUCCUUGA